AUGGAGGUCUGGACCGAGCACAAAAGCCACUCUGUGGAAGGCCACACCCUCACGGGUGAGCUCAAAUACAAAGGCCAAACGAUCUGGGGACCCAGAGCCUGCCAUCCCAACACCACAGAGCUGGGAAAGGCCCUCACCGACGCUGACUGGCGCUUUGCCAUGACAUUUGAGCACCGGGACAAAUCCGUCGAAGGACAUGUACGCAAGAUCAGUGUCAAGGACUGGAACGGAAAUCUUCUUCUGGACGGACUUUCAACUCACGACAGCAUGGAUAGCUUGGCUAGAGCUGUCAUGGAGAAGCUCCGAGCACAGAUGUCGACAGACGACACCCAAGCAGACCGCCAAUUACACCAGACGCUCGAAUCCGCCUGCCGUCGUCGCGAUGACCGGUCCCGCAAGCACUCGCGCACCGACGACUACGAUGACUACGACAACGAGGAGUAUUCCUCCGACUAUUCCUCUGACGUCUCCGGUCGCUUUGACGACGCAGACGAAGACUACGCCCUCUCCGCACACCCGGCCAGCUCGCCCCGAUCGACGCACUCCGCUAAGCGCCGUCGCUCCAACGACUGGCCUGUAGAGGAACUGCAACCGCCGCCGCCGCUGAAAGACACCGGAUCGACUGGCUCGCGCUGGCGCUCGCCCUUUCAUAGUAGGAACAAUUCCAGGACUGACCAUGGCGGGCGCGGCCGCCGGUCGCGGUUCGUCGAGGGCAUGAUGAACGACAGCGUCAGUGAGAAACCGCCCAGCAUCUUUCUGCGCGACGGCAAGUCGGCCAAUGGACAGAAUGGCCCGACGCAUCGGUCGUCGGGGAUUUUUCGCUUCGGGAAAGCCAUCGCGUCCGCGUUUAAUCCGUUUGGUGGGUGGGGAAAUGUCGCCGGGUGGAAGGGGUCGCCGUCUGCCGAGGCGAAUAAGCAGUCGGCGGACGAUGAUAUCGCGCGUGUCGAGAAGGCGUAUGCGGAGUUGAAGAAGGCGGGCUAUCGGGGCGCCGUCAAGGGCAAGUACAUGGCUGAUGCGGGGUCGCAGUCGAGUAACAACCUGGCGGACCAGACUUGGAAGUCAAUCCAGGAGAAGAUGGACUACAAGCCGCCGACGGGACGUCACUCAAGGCAGAAUUCAGGUGAGGGUCAUGAGUCGAGUGGCUCGCUGCGCAAUUCGUUCCAGGAGAUCCGUCGUGCCAGGUCGUCACUGGGCAUCACGUCGAGUUUUAUCCCCCUUGGUCGUCGAUCAGAAGACACCGACCAGCCGCAACUGCGCAAGCAAAAGUCAAAGAGAGAGAAGCUGCUGAGACGGGUGAGCACGCUGGAGGAGAAGCUUGAGAAGGCACGGCGAGAGCUGCAGGAGCUCAUGGGCGACGAUGCACCCCCGAUCCCGGAGCGAUCGCACUGUCAUGAUUCAUCUCACCAGAGGAAAUUCGUGCCCGGCGCACUCCCUACACUCCCCUCCGAGCGACUCCUCAACAGCCAUGACCCAGUAUCCCCAAUCUCGCCUGCAUCCGACUCAGCUCCCCCGAUGUCACUAUCAGAGACCAUCCAACGUACCAUGCAGAGCCAGGACCCCGAACCAACGACGACAACCAUCGAGCCCGAGUCCACAAUCAAAACCCCAGCCAAAUCCCCAGCCAAAUCCCCAGCCAAAUCCCCAGCCAAAUCCCCCAGCCAGCGAACAACACAGUCGUUGACCAUCGACAGCCCAUCACUCAAGCGCAAAUCGCCCGACCCCGAAUCCGCCAGCGCAGCAAACACCCCUAAAUCCCCGAAAGAAAGCACACCAAAGCACACCGAGGAAGGCAACCAAUCCGACUCGUCUCGGCGAUCCAAAUUCCCCAAGACGUUCCGAGGCGACAGCCCCGGCUCCGUCGAGCGCAAACAAACCCCGCGACAGCGGGACGAAAACAACACCCCACAUUCCCCGAGCGAAGAGCGCGGCCGAAGGAGAAGAUCCUCGCAACCGCUGCGGUCGCACAGCAAGCGGUCCCCCUCGGUGAAGAGAAGGGCGUCCAAUUCUCGGAACAGAGGCACCACCCCGUCGCUGCGCAUGAAGAAGGGACGUGCCGAUCUGAGAUCCGCCAGUGCGCAGACUAUGAUCGACAAUCGCGAUAAAGAGAACCAGCACGCAAUCCAAUCCCGACAGAACCACCCGCACUCAGACCCGAUUGAUCUUGAUGAACUUGAUGCAAGCCCGAAUUCAUCCCCAAGCAAGCGAAAGGAUCAACGGUACACAUACAACUACAUCCCGCCCGUGCCCCCGUUGCCCAAAGAUAUAGCCGCGACAGCUGCGAAAGUGGACCGAAGGCUAGCAAAGGAGAUUGGGCGGCGCGAGCGGAACCGGAAAUCAAUGGCUCAGGGAAAGAUGAACGGCAAGGCUGAGGAUGCGUUCCGGUGGCCUGACGAUAUCUUCUGA